AUGAAACAUCCCGCGGUAUUCACUGCGCUGCUAGCAGCCAGUGUCCAUGCCUGGAUGCCAGCAGAACGCGAACUUUCUGCCUUCAACCGAACAAGUGACUCUCUAACCACUCGUGCUCCCUCACUACCCAGCUACAAGAUCCGAGGUGUCAACCUAGGCGGCUGGUUGAUCUCGGAGCCAUGGAUGAUGGGGGAUGAGUGGAAGCUCAUGGGAUGCAGUGGCCAAUGUUCGGAAUUCGACUGUGUUAAAGCACUUGGACAGACAAAGGCCGACUCAGCAUUCGAUGCCCAUUACGCUCGCUGGAUCACACCGGACAUGGUGACCUUGAUGCACAAUGCCGGACUCAACACCAUCCGCAUUCCAAUCGGAUACUGGAGUCUACACAGCCUGGUGACCUCAGGAGAGUACUUCCCCAACGUGAACCUCAAGUACCUCGACGCCGUCAUCCAGCGCGCCGCCGACCUCGGUAUGUUCGUCGUCAUUGACCUCCACGGCGCCCCCGGAGCCCAAAAGAUCGGCGAUGCUUUCACAGGCCAGUGUCUCCAACAAUCCGGCCUCCCAGCCUUCUACACGCAACAAAACUACGACCGCGCCACCAAAUGGCUCACCUGGAUGACCAAACGAAUCCACACAACCCCCAGCUACGCCGCCACCGUCGGCAUAAUUCAAGUCGUCAAUGAGCCCCAAACCAACCGUGACAGCGGCGGCAUGCCCCAAGCCGAAAAGGACACCUUGACACAAAUCUACUACCCAUCCGCCCUCCGCGCCGUCCGCACUGCCGAAAACGACCUGGGCAUAGCCUCCAACUCCCGCCUGCACGUGCAAUUUAUGGAUACCCUCUGGGGCGCAGGAUCCCCCUCCAGCUCUCUCCCAUCUGACCCCUACAUCAUGUACGACGACCACAACUACGUGGGCGGGGCGGUAACAGCCACGCACCCCAACGCCAAGCAAGCCGACUACAUGUACUACACAUGCUACCUCGACGACCGCAUGGCCGACGGCGACGUGCCCAAACUCGUCGGCGAAUGGAGUCUAACCGUCAAUGCCGAAUACAGUACCGAGUUUGACUGGAAGAACGAUGCCAAUACGCCGUUUUACAAACAGUGGUUUAUAGCUCAACAGCGGCUGUAUGAAAGGACGAAUGGAUGGAUCUUUUGGACGUGGAGGACGCAGCUUAAUGAUCCGAGGUGGGAUUAUAGUUAUUUGGUUUAUAAGGGGUGGGUUCCUACGACCGCCGCCGGGCUGGAGGCGAGUUCGAAGCAGGAUGUUUGUAAGAGUUAUUUCGGGUCGGCGAAGAGGAGGGUGAAGAAGUGGGUUUGA